AUGACCGACUCCAAGAUGGAGGUCGAUACCCCUACACAGGAGACUGUCGAAGCUAUCAAGCAUGGCGAGAUCGACGAGUCCCUGUACAGCCGACAGUUAUAUGUCCUUGGCCACGAAGCUAUGAAACGGAUGGGCUCAUCGAAUGUUCUCGUCGUUGGUCUGAAAGGGCUGGGUGUCGAAAUUGCCAAAAACAUCGCCCUUGCCGGUGUCAAGUCCCUCACCCUCUACGAUCCCGCCCCCGCCGCGAUCGCCGAUCUCUCCUCUCAAUUCUUCCUCCAGCCACAAGACGUCGGCAAGCCGCGUGCAGAGGUGACAGCUCCCAGAGUUGCGGAGCUGAACUCCUAUGUCCCAGUUACAAUCCACGAGGGUAGCAAUAUCGCCGAGGACCUGGAGCAGCUUAAGCGCUACCAGGCAAUCGUCCUUACCUUGACCCCAUUAAAGGAACAACUAGUAAUCGCAGACUUUUGCCACAAGAAUGGUAUCUAUCUAACCAUCGCGGAUACAUUCGGUCUGUUUGGAUACCUUUUCAACGACUUUGGGAAGAACUUCACGGUCGGUGACUCUACAGGCGAGGACCCUGUGAAUGGUAUUGUGGCAGACAUUUCCGAGGAAGGCCUCGUCUCUGCGCUGGAUGAGACCCGCCACGGCUUAGAAGACGGCGACUUCGUGACUUUUACCGAGAUCAAGGGCAUGGACGCUCUUAACAACGCUGCUCCGAGAAAGAUUACCGUCAAAGGCCCUUACUCAUUCUCCAUUGGAGAUGUGUCCGGCCUUGGCUCCUACCAAGGCGGUGGUCUCUUUACCCAGGUCAAGAUGCCUAAAUUCAUCGACUUCCAGCCUCUUUCCGAACAGAUCAAGAAACCCGAACUUUUGAUAUCCGAUUUCGCCAAAUUUGACCGGCCUCAGCAACUCCACAUCGGCGUUCAAGCCCUUCACAAGUUUGCGGAGGCUCACGGUGGCCAAUUCCCUCGUCCGCACCAUGAGAGCGAUGCCCAAGAAGUGCUCAAGAUUGCGAAUGACUUGGCAGCAAGCCAGGAAGACAAAGUUGAGCUCGACGAGAAGCUUCUCAAGGAGCUGAGCUACCAAGCCCAAGGUGACUUGAACCCCCUGGCCGCUUUCUUCGGAGGUAUCGUGGCACAAGAAGUUCUCAAGGCAGUAUCCGGAAAGUUCGGUCCCGUGCAACAAUGGCUGUACUUCGAUUCGUUAGAGUCCCUACCGACUUCAACCACCCGGUCUGAAGAGGCUUGCAAACCUCUUGGCACCCGCUAUGACGGCCAGAUCGCUGUUUUUGGUAAAGAAUUCCAAGACAAGAUCGCCAAUUUAACACAGUUUUUGGUCGGAGCAGGAGCUAUCGGAUGCGAGACACUCAAGAACUGGGCGAUGAUGGGUCUCGGCACUGGUCCUAAAGGCAAGAUCUACGUUACUGAUAUGGACCAGAUUGAGAAGAGCAACCUGAACCGACAGUUCCUAUUUCGCAGCAAGGAUGUUGGCAAACUUAAGAGUGAAUGCGCUUCCGCUGCAGUUCAAGCAAUGAACCCUGAGUUGGUAGGCAAGAUUGUGACCCUCAAGGACCGUGUCGGACCGGACACUGAAGACGUCUUCAACGAAGACUUUUGGGAGGGUCUUGAUGGAGUCACAAACGCGCUUGACAAUGUGGAGGCACGAACCUAUGUCGAUCGCCGUUGUGUCUUCUUCAGAAAGCCACUACUCGAGAGUGGUACUCUUGGAACGAAGGGAAACACUCAAGUCGUCCUUCCUCGCAUCACCGAGUCCUACUCUAGCUCCCAGGACCCGCCAGAGAAGUCAUUCCCAAUGUGUACCCUCAAGAGUUUCCCGAACCGUAUUGAGCAUACGAUUGCUUGGGCCAGAGAUCUCUUCCAAACAUACUUUGUUGGGCCGCCAGAGGCCGUCAACAUGUAUCUGUCCCAGCCAAACUAUAUUGAGCAGACGCUCAAGCAGGCUGGAAAUGAGAAGCAAACUCUGGAGCAUCUGCGUGACUUUUUGGUGACAGAUAAACCGUUGACCUUCGACGACUGCAUUGUCUGGGCCCGGAACCAGUUUGAAGCGCAGUACAAUAAUGCCAUCCAACAGCUGCUUUACAAUUUCCCCAAAGACUCGACAACGUCCACGGGACAACCCUUCUGGUCUGGACCUAAGCGUGCUCCUACGCCACUGAAGUUUGAUAGCUCCAACCCUACACAUCUCGGGUUCAUCAUUGCGGGUGCCAACCUCCAUGGCUUCAACUACGGAAUCAAGAACCCCGGCCUCGAUAAGGACUACUAUCGGAAGGUUGUGGAUAACAUGAUCAUCCCUGAGUUCACGCCCAAAUCCGGAGUUAAGAUUCAGGCGGAUGAGAAUGAGCCCGAUCCAAAUGCUCAAGCUUCGGGCUCUUCGUUUGACGACAAUGAUGACACCAAACGCCUUGUCGAGAGCCUUCCUUCCCCCAAGUCUCUUGCAGGGUUUCGUUUGAACCCCGUCGAAUUUGAGAAAGACGAUGAUACCAACCACCACAUCGACUUCAUCACUGCAGCCAGCAACCUCCGCGCAGAGAAUUACGACAUUCCUCAGGCUGACCGCCAUAAGACGAAGUUUAUUGCCGGAAAGAUUAUUCCUGCUAUCGCUACUACUACCGCCCUGGUUACAGGCUUGGUCGCCUUGGAGCUAUAUAAGAUCAUCGAUGGCAAGGACGAUAUUGAGCAGUACAAGAAUGGAUUCAUUAACCUUGCACUGCCAUUCUUCGGUUUCAGUGAGCCCAUUGCGAGCCCCAAGAGCAAGUAUCAAGGCAAGCAGGGUGAAGUGGCUAUUGACCAAAUUUGGGACCGCUUCGAGGUGGAUGACAUUCCCCUGCAAGACUUCCUCAAGCACUUCUCGGACUUGGGCUUGGAGAUCAGUAUGGUCAGCUCAGGUGUCAGCCUUCUUUAUGCCAGCUUCUACGGUCCAUCUAAAGUGAAGGACCGUCUUCCCAUGCCGAUGAGCAAGCUCGUAGAACACAUCAGCAAGAAGCCAAUUCCCGAGCACCAGAAGAACGUUAUCUUCGAGGUCACUGCUGAAGACCAGACGGAAGAAGAUGUUGAGAUUCCAUAUGUGAUGGUAAAGCUAAGGAAGUAG